UGUUGUUCGUCGCUAGGUGACAUAGUAUGCGUCAUUUCCUGUGGAGAGCUCGCUGGUCCGUGCGAGCCGCUGCUCCAGCGUGUUAUGGAGAGAAGUAUUGCGGCGUGUGAGCGAUGCGCAUGUGAUGCGGACUCUCUCCGGUACCGGUACCCUGUCCAGUACUGAGCACGGAAGGAAAGUUGUUCUCCGCCGUGCAAGGCUCUUUUAUCCAUAUCACUGCAUAUCAGUAAUAUCGGGAUUUGAAUUGAUCUACGUUCAACUUGGAGGUCUUCCUGAACUUGGUUUGUUUUGGCACAGGACUGAGAUUAUUCUUUCAGGAUUUCUUUUUUUCAUUUCACUUUCCCUUUACAUCAACCUGCUAUAAUGAACAAUUAAAAAAAAUAUAUUUGAAGAGUUUAUCGUGCUGCUAAAGUGCUUUAAAUACUCGGGGAAAGUUUUGCGUAAAGGCGCAAUUUAUCGACAUGUUCACUGAGUGAGUAAUCUUUACAUUAAGACAAAGUUAACGCUUCAGUUAAUGUAUAAAUGUGUAUAAUUUAUCUAGCUAUUUGGAAAGAUUACAUUAUUACGAGUAGGCGUUUUGACUGUUUUUUCCCUCCGACUACGAUGCUGAAGUCUAAAUUUGAGACUUGAUGUUUUUAGACUACCCCAAUUAAUUAUAACGAUUAAAGAGAGCAGGUUUGUAAGAUGUGUGAGCUUUUCUUGAUCCCUGACAUACUUAAGAAGAACCGUUACAGAUUUUCCAGAAAUUAUACAAAAAUUUAAGUGGUCAGUGUUGCUGUCGAAAACUUACUCAUAAAAACGUAUUUACUAAAUAAACUGACACUUGAAAUUAAUCUUGUUUGGUGAUCAGAAUAUUCUCAGAGUAUAUUGUGAUGAGUGAUAGAUCUCAGACAUGGUUAAUACUUGGUUCCCAGCUAAAAUGUAAUAUGUAAGGGGAAAGUGUUGAUGUAGGUUUUUUUUUAUCAUCUUUUACUGUUCAUGUCACACAAAACUGUACAAAACACACUAAAGAAAGAGAAAAAAUGAGGUGCAGGAUGACGGAUUACUGCAUACGAGGGUUCGAAUGUGUUCCGCAUUGUGUCCGAAAUGGCAUCCUACUUCCUAUUCCCUACACACUGCAAAGUGCACUCUUACUGUUUUGCAUCCAUUAAGCUACAACCGUUUGGACAGUGAGCUUUUACAGAGCAUCGUGGGACUUUAGGACUGCGCCAGAUAUUCUGAAACAGACAUGAAUCUGAAACGGUAAAAGUCUCAAACUAGUGCACUAUAGAGUGAAUAGUUGGUUGCUUUAGACGCAGGAGCGCACGCACGCGAUGAGCUCGGAGCUGGAGCGCAUGUCGCUGAAGUCGCGGGCGAACUCUGUGAGCUCCGGCGGUCGCUCUCUCUCGGUGAACGUGCAGCGGCUGCACGACUCUCUACACGUGUUGCUCGGCGACACCGAGCGCGAGCAGUUCGCCCACUGCCUAAGCGUGUACCACGCCAAGCGCAACGUCUACGACCUGGUGCAGACGCUUAAAGUGAUUCUCGACACGCCUGGAAAACGCCAACUUCUACCCAUGCUGCGCCUCGUGCUCCCCCGCGCAGACCAGCUGUUGUUCGACCAGUACACGUCCGAGGGCCUGUACUUGAAAACAGAACCUCCUACGUCUGCCGUGGACACGUACCGCCCCGGAGAAGUAAAUCACGCUGGCUGCGUUCAGAGCGCCCACGCGCGCGCGCCCUCAGUGCAUUUCGCAGGCGCGUUGGAUUUCAGCACCGCAGGUGAAGGGACAGCGCAGGACGACACCCGUCACGUGACCCUAAAACGCACCAAGAGCAACGAGGGCCUCGGGUUCAGCAUCCGCGGCGGCGCAGAGCACGGAGUGGGGAUCUACGUGUCUCUGGUAGAGCCGGGCUCCUCGGCAGAAAGAGAGGGACUCCGCAUUGGAGACCAGAUCAUUAGAGUCAAUGAAGUGGUGUUCGACCGGGUCACCCAUGGAGAGGCAGUAAAGGUGCUGAAGGGAUGCAAGAAGCUCUGCUUAUCAGUGUGUUCUAUGGGGCGGAUCCCUGGAGGUUAUGUGACCAAUCAUGUGUACACAUGGGUAGACCCUCAGGGUCGAAGCAUUUCUCCGCCCCCUGACCUGCAGGAACAGCAUACUGUAGGCGGGCGACACUUUAACAGCCAGCGCCGUGGACACGCCCCACAACAGGGGGCAGAGAGAAGGGUCACCAUCUCCUUGGAUGAUGGACGUCCGCUGGGUCUGAUGAUACGUGGAGGAGCAGAAUAUUCCCUCGGCAUUUAUAUAGCCGGAGUGGACCACGGAUCAGCAGCAGAGUGCGGAGGAUUAAAGGUUGGAGAUCAGAUUCUGGAGGUGAACGGGCACAGUUUCCGCAGCAUUGCACACGACGAGGCUGUGCAGAUCCUCAAAAGCUCCUGUCACAUGCUGAUGACCAUAAAGGACGUAGGACGACUUCCUCAUGCUCGCACUGUAGUUGAUGAGACCAAGUGGAUCUCAAGCCCACAAAUUGCAGAGAGCUCAGCCAGUGCUGCCCUGAGUGUGUCAGGAGACGGUGGUGCAGGAAGCGCCGGAAAGGCCCUGUUGUCCAUGGCUCUGGCCCCAGGACUUAUGGGGACUCGGAGUUCUUUGGAUGAGCAGGCCUAUCUGCUGCUGACCGAGGCAGAGAGACAGACCAUGAACUACUACAUCCAGGAGUACCAGAGUGGCCACAUUGGUGUGGAGCCUCUCGCCAUGGCCCUGUUCGAGCUCUUCAACACACACGCCAAGCUUACCUUGCUGGCAGAGGUGCGUACACUUAUUGCUCCUCAGGAUCUGGAGCGUUUUGAUGGCCAGGUUGUUCACCAUGAGAUGCAAUCGUGGAGGGUGAGACAUGGAGGCCUGGGCCUGCUGCAUCACACCAAGCCCAUCUGUAGCCCUCAUACUGAGGGUCACGUCCCAUCUGCUUGCCAGCUGACUGCUUCAGCAAUGGGCUAUGCUAAGAAUGAGUGCAGGAUGGAUGGAAGCGUGGAGGCAGGACCUGCGGGGGCUUUUAACUCCCUACCGGAAAUAGCUUUGGAUGAAGUGCAACCUCGCAUCGAGUCUCCGCCUAAUUUCAGACCGCCACCUCCACCUGGACACGGAAGUCCGAAGAUCCAACUCAAACGUCCCACGUCUAAACUGUGCCAAACCAACCUGCUCUUUACACCCCCCUGCAGGAUGCACCAGGAAACUCAUUCUCUUAACCACACCGAACUACACAUCCACCCAUCCUGCUCAGCUCACACUUCCCCAUGCACUGUCCACCACAGCUCCUCCCCCUGUGUCUCCCAUCGCUCUCCAUCUCCCUGCUCCCAUCGCUGCUCUCCAUGUUCUCUGCACCGUUCUGGAUCCUCAGCUGCACCUAUAGGCAAAGACCUCAUCCAGUUUCUUAUGAGCAAGCAGGUAGCCGUGUUGCCUCCCCAUCCAGAAUCUGCAGGCCGCUCGCGAGCUGCCACCCCCACCCCCAGCGGCUCCGCUCGCUCCUCUCCGUCCCUCUCGCCCUCUCUGCGUAUACCUGCACCGCCACCAUGCAGCCCAGAAAAACCAGAGGUCACCAUUUCGGCACCCGAUAUGAGCCCCAGCAUGAGUCAUCACCUUAGAAUCAACCCCGAGCAGGAGACUGUGGAUGAGAAGAUGCGGAUCCAACCACGAGGGGCUACUCUAUCGCAGCUCUCAGACAGUGGACAGACACUGAGCGAGGACAGUGGUGUGGACAUAGCAGAGGCAGGGGGAAUGUGCAAGGACAGCAGUCCUCGUCCUAGUAAAGUCGUAUUCCAGAAUGCAUCAGGAGAGGCCCAGAGGGCAGAGAGAGCACCCUGUCACCAGUCUGUGCAGUCACGGCCUACGUUGGUACGUGUGUCCAAGAGCGCUAAUACACUCGGCAUCGCUGUGGAAGGUGGCGCCAACACUAGACAGCCUCUUCCUCGCAUCACGACUAUACAGAAAGGAGGCUCGGCUCAUCUAUGUGGGCAGUUGCGGGUAGGUCAGGUGAUCCUGGAGGUCAACGGCAUGUCUCUCAAAGGCAUGGAGCAUCGAGAUGCCGCACGUGUCAUUGCCGAGGCUUUUAAGACCAAAGAAAAGGACUACAUUGACUUCCUGAUUGCCGACUUUAAUGUUGCUCUAUAAAAGGUGACAGAAACAUCGCAUAAAGAGAAGCAGACAUUGCACCUUAAUGAACUUGGACACAGGUGGACUGUAAGCACAUAGACAGAAGGAUUUGGCCAAGCUGGAGUCCCAUAAGUGAGAAAUGUCCUUCAUCUUCCCCGAUCAUAUUGCCUGCUUAUUAUCCAGACUUUACAGGGUCACAGAAAUGAGGUCCUGCUUUGCUUUCAUUCUGUAUUUGUGUCCCACCAGGCAUCUGGGAUCUGUGCAUGUUUAUGAGGUAGGAUAUGAUAAUGAGACAAGGGCUGAGGUUUUAGGUUGAUUAUUAAAAUCCAUCUUGUCAAGCAGCAGGAAAAUGAAAGCUUGAAAUGACUUGUCUCUGCCCCAUGCUCAAGGACAUCCCAGUGCAGGCCAGAGAUAGAUGGAGAGAGCUAAUGGAUAGUGCUUAAAAUCCACUUUGUCUGAGCAUGAGCAAUAUAGGUGGCUGGUGGCUUGCCCUCAUUUCACUCUCUGUCCCAUAUUUUAAAUAAUGAUGGGGAGUUUAUAGCACUUUGGAUGCUGCUGUCUGUUUGGCAAAGCAGUGCUAGGCAUAAGAAAAGCUGAAGAAGAUUGAAAAUCCUUUCUCAUGCAGCUCCAGAAACUAAUCUGAUGCACAAAUCGCACAUCAUGACCUAAUCAUUUGUCAUGUUCUAGAUACUUAAAUGAGCAUUUUGUCUACUUCAAUUGUAAUAUAAGUGUUGUCAGACCUUUACCUUUCAACCAACCUGGACCAUGGGGUACAAUUAUAUACUGUAUGAGGAGAUGCAGGUUUUAUGGAUUCCUGCCUGUGCGGCUAUGUUGAACCUGGGAGCUGAACUUGUUUCUAGGCAGAUAAUGAUCUGAAAUGAAGAAACUAUCCAGAUCUAUUGCAUAGAAAAACUCGGCAAAAAUGUGUUUUUCUGAUGCAGCUUUGAAAAUCUUUGAAAACUACCAAAUAUAGUAUCAAAUUUCCCCAACAACAUUCUUCACAGUUUAACCCUUGUAUGUUGUUCGUAUGUAAGUGAGUAAGUAAGUGAUGUGACAUACGGCUAAGUACGGUGACCCAUACUCAGAAUUUGUUCUCUGCAUUUGACCCAUCCAAAGUGCACACACACA